UUGAUUUAUCGGACUCAAGCUCAAUUUAAAACCCAGAAAUUCUCACGCUCUCUUUAAAAUUCACAUUUGAAACAAAUGUCAACGGAAUUAAAAUAUAGUUUUUUUUUUAUUGAAAUUUCUGUGUUGAAAAAUUCUUCUUAAAUUCUGUCUCCAUUGAAGCAUUUCCUCCAAGUUGUCAGAUGUCAAAUUCAACUACAGAACGUUGUGUCAUUUGUUUGGAUGAGAAACGGGAACCUAUCAACAUCUCCUGUGGCCAUUCGUUUUGUAAGGAAUGUUUUGGAAUUUAUAAAGGUUAUCGGAAAUAUAAUUGGGGUCGGAAAUGUCCGAUAUGUCGUAGGGAACUGAAGCCCAAAAAACGGGAUUCCAAAAUUGGCAUAAACUCGUCACUUGACUCCAAUCCCUCAUCCUCUGCAGAAUCGCUCAACAAUUCAAUGGCUACGAAUUUAUUAAUGGAACAUUUCAUAUCAAUUGCCUCCAAUGAUACACUCAAUACCUCAAAUGCAAGUAGAGAUCAAAUUGCAUUGGAUGUCACCAAUCCAAUACCAAACUCAGAAACCGAUUCAAUGGAAAUUUAUGACAAUGAUGGCGAUGAUUUUGAAAACUAUUUCAGUGACUCAGAAGAAGAUGGAAAUGACGAUGAUGCCAUUUAUGGUUUUGAGGAAAACUUAUCGUGGAAUGAACAUUUCGAAGAGGAUAUAAACGUGGAACCAGAAGAUUCCUAUAUUGCUCACAACGAGAGUUGGUAUAGUACGGGUAGUGGCCAAGUUGAUAAUUUCAAUGCCUCAUCAGAUGAUUCGAAAAUAUAUUUAGAUUUAGACAAUCAAACUUAAAUAAUGGCAAAA